CAGAACAUCCUCCAUCUUCUGGGACACGGUCAGAGAGAAAUCUAACGCCAGACUGAAGGAAGGGCAUCGGACAUUAUGGGAGCCGUUCUGGGACUUUGCUCCAUGGCGAGCUGGAUCCCGUGCCUGUGCGGCAGCGCCCCCUGCCUGCUGUGUCGUUGCUGCCCCAGUGGGAACAACUCGACGGUGACUCGGCUCAUCUUCGCCUUCUUCCUGCUGUUUGGAGUGGGCAUUGCCUGUAUCAUGUUGAUGCCGGGCAUGGAAGGCCAGCUCAAGAAGAUUCCAGGUUUCUGUGAAGGAGGGACAGGUUCGUCUAUUCCUGGUGUGGAGGGUCAUGUCAACUGUGAUGUGCUGGUUGGCUAUAAGGCUGUUUACCGUGUUUGCUUCGGGAUGGCCAUGUUCUACCUGCUCUUCUCUCUGCUCAUGAUCAAAGUCAAGAGCAGCCAAGACCCCCGAGCUGCGCUACACAACGGGUUUUGGCUCUUUAAGUUUGCAGCAGCUACUGCCAUCACAAUUGGAUCAUUUUUCAUCUCAGAAGGUCCCUUCACUACUGUGUGGUUCUAUAUUGGAAUGGCUGGAGCAUUCUGCUUCAUCCUCAUCCAGCUGGUUUUACUCAUUGACUUUGCACAUUCCUGGAAUGAGUCUUGGGUGGAGAAGAUGGAGGAGGGCAACUCUCGCUGCUGGUAUGCAGCCCUUCUUUCAGUCACUGCAGUCAACUACCUGUUGUCUCUGGUAUCUCUGAUCAUGUUCUACAUCUACUACACCCACUCGGACGGCUGCACUGAGAAUAAGGUCUUCAUCAGCAUUAACAUGCUCCUUUGCAUCGCUGCCUCUGUCCUGUCCAUCCUGCCCCAGAUCCAGGAGUCCCAGCCAAGGUCUGGCCUGCUGCAGUCUUCCCUGGUUACCCUAUACACUAUGUACCUGACCUGGUCUGCCAUGACCAACGAGCCUGACAGGAAAUGUAACCCAAGCCUUCUGGGUAUUAUUGGGCUAAACAGUACCAGUCCUGCAACUCAGGACCAUGUGGUUCAGUGGUGGGAUGCCCAAGGGAUUGUGGGAUUGAUCCUUUUCCUCAUGUGUGUCCUCUACUCCAGUAUUCGUAACUCAUCCAACGCCCAGGUUAACAAGCUGACUCUGACCAGUGACGAGUCAGCUCUGAUCGAGGAUGGGCCUCAGGCUGACAGUUUCGAGGAGGGCAGCGGCCACAACAGAGCUGUGGACAACGAGAAGGAUGGCGUCACCUACUCGUACUCUUUCUUCCACUUCAUGCUUUUCCUGGCUUCUCUCUACAUUAUGAUGACGCUCACCAACUGGUACAGCCCUGACGUCAACUACCAGGCCAUGACCAGCAAGUGGCCAUCAGUAUGGGUGAAGAUCUCCUCCAGCUGGAUCUGCAUUGCCCUCUACGUGUGGACCCUGGUUGCUCCGCUGGUCCUGGUCAACAGAGACUUUGACUGAAACUGCUUAUAUACGCACCCAUGCUCUGCAUCACCCAUGUUUUGUUUCAGUAAAACAUUAGGUAGCUAACCAUGCAUCAGUUACUGCUGGAGGGGCCGUGGCUGCACUCAGGUUGGGUGUUUUGUUUGGUGGUUUAGGCUCAUCUGUCCUUACUGUUGCAGCUUCCUCACUGCAGGGCUGAUAUACUGGAUUUACUGUAUGGUAUCCCAGCUCUGACUGCAGCCCAGCCUCAUCCAGUGUAAUGUCAUUGUGACCCCUCAGCAGCCUGUAGUAGUGCUCCCCAAUGCUGCCACCAUUGUAAAUAUAUUCUGUGUAGUACUGGUGAAUGAUUUAGUUUUCUUUCUAUAAAGACAGAGCUGCAUGAUUUUCCUUUAAAAGUUGAUGUGACAAUAACAGUAGCUGUAUAUGAAUCUUUUAUUACAAACAGGACAAUGGCUUUAGUCAGUGUGUUGUAUAGGCAGUGACAGUUGUAUGGUGUGGUAUUACCUAUGGGAAUAAUUUUACAUGUAAAAAAUGAGAGGAAUUGCUUUACAUGUGCUGCUGUCGGAUGGAUUUGUGGAUUAGAGUUAUGUGUGAGCAGGACUUCAGCUGUGGCACCAGCACAUUGAAGCAGGAGAGCACCUUAUAGAUCUCUAACUCGUACCAUUAGCAGUGCUGUGUAGCAUUGUGUGUGUUGUGUUACAGCUCUACCAUCAGUUUUCACUUUGCAUCUUGCUCUCCUUAGCACAUACACAACAAAACCAUUUGAUUUGACUGUAUAUCCAAAAAUGAACAUUUAUUUAAAACCUCUAGAUGACUUGUACGUUAAACCUUAGCAUGUGGCUCUUCAUAGAGAUUGUGGUUAUAUAUUUGUUUCAUUUUCUCCCCUGUGCUUUAUCCUAAUUAGAUUUUUUCUCUUGACAUGUAAAAGUACAUUGUAUCCGGAUUAAUAAAACAGAGGAAAAAUAA